CGGAAUAGCAAGUAUCCGAUCGACACACUCACCGCUUAUUUCAACGGAGACCGGUGUCCGACACUGAUUGGCAAACCAAAGAUAUUCAUCAUUCAGGCCUGUCGCGGAGAGAAACCAGAUUCGGGGGUCAAAUUGAAAGCCCUGGGCCCGGACGUGGCCGACAAUUCAGGGCCUGCCUAUAGAAUCCCAUCAAUAGCUGAUUUUAUAAUUUACUAUUGCACUGCUCCGGGUCACUAUGCAUUCCGUAACGUAGAAAUCGGCUCUUAUUUCAUUCAAUCAUUGGCCUCAGUAUUGAAUGAAUACUGUUAUAACAAUGUGAAUAUGGAUUUGAUGACAUUGCUCACUUUUGUCAACUUACAAGUGGCCUAUGCUAGCCUGACCUAUGAUAUGAAACACAGAAAGAGAGGUAAAUGUCUUGUGUUUAACCACGAGUUCUUCGACCCCCACACCGGACGUAAUCCCCGUCGGGGCACUGCCAGAGAUGCCGAGGCUAUUGUGGCCUCAUUUCAAAGACUCGAGUUUGAUGUCGAGCUAAAGACGGACGCCUCUUAUGCCGAUAUAAGACACGCCAUGUCUAAAGUGUCCACUGAUGAUCACACGGACAACGACUGUGUGGCAGUUGUGGCCUGUCGCGGAAACCUGUCGGCCUCUCCGAAGGCCUGUCGCAAACCAGAUUCGGGCGUCAAAUUGAAAGCCCUGGGCCCGGAUGUGGCCGACAAUUCAGGGCCUGUCUAUAGGAUCCCAUCAAUAGCUGAUUUUAUAAUUUACUAUUGCACUGCUCCGGGUCACUAUGCAUUCCGUAACACUCAAUACGGCUCUUAUUUCAUUCAAGCGUUGGCCUCAGUAUUGAAUGAAUACUGUUAUAACAAUACGAAUAUUGAUUUGAUGACAUUGCUCACUUUUGUGAACUUACAAGUGGCCUAUGGUUUCCAAUCUAACGCUCCCAACAAAAGUGAUUACCAUAAGAAGAAACAGAUUCCGGCACAAGUGGACCCACAAUAA